GCUCUCGGCUGUCGGAUCCAAGCGAUGCUCCCUCGUGCUUCCUCGCAGGGCGGAGGGCUGCUUCCCCGGCCCAGAGCGGCACCGUUUCGGAGCUGCGGGGGCACAUAGAGGUGCUCGCUGCAUCACCCGAGGAGUUCAGCAGUGGGAACUCAUUCCCUGGCCCUACACCGAGUGCUCCACGCACACAGAAAGAAAGGAGGUUCGCCCCAGCCCGUACCGACCCGUACGUGUGCGGCAGGGCCGCCCGCCAUGCGCCCGCUGCCAGAGGAGUAACAGAGGAGACUGAAACGCAGAGGAAAGGCGAGAGCGAGAUGGGCAAAGCCGAACAGUAAAAAUAAAAAGAGAAAAUGGAAAAAGAAAAAAAAAAAUAGAAAAAAAAAAGAAAAGGAAUGAAAGAAAGAAAGAAAGAAAGAAAGGGGGGGAAAGGGAAGAAAACAACCUAGGAGAGUAAUAAAUCAUUAAAUAAACAGGAAUUUCGGUCCCUUCCUCAUACCGGCCCGCGAGUAGGAAGUGUUUUCGCAGUGCUGUUGUUUGUGUCCUCAGCGGGCCGUGCUGCGGGCUCCACUCUAACUGUGUGCGUUUUCUCCAGAUUCCGACACAGCACCUUCCCUCUCUCGGAGGAGCAGAAAGGCGCAGCACGGCGCGGGCAAGAAUCCCCCCUUCCCAGCGGGUUUCCUCGGCAGCUCGGAGUGUGAUUAGCAAGCCAAGGCCGUUGGAUGUAUUUAAACACCCUGCCUCUCAUUGAUUAAGAAAUGAAUGGCAGAAAUCACUCGGAGGAGCAGCCCCAGUUUAGCGGAUUGAUUUACUCGCAGUAUUGGUAAAUAUGAUCACGUGGGCUCCGCAACCAAUGGUUGAGGGUUGCAGUCUGCAAAAUACUACGAUUGUUCUCAGGGAGGGUAUCAUAUACAGUUAACAGUGUAACCUUUUAUAUGAGUAAGAGGGGAGCCUAAAAUGUCGUCUAGUGGCACCAUAAGUAACUAUUAUGUCGAUUCUCUCAUAGGCCAUGAAAGCGAAGAAGUUUACGGGAGUAGAUUCGUCCAGGGGGGUCACAGUGCGACCUCCAGGCCAUCAGGUGUGGCAGAGAGUUCCGAUUUUUCCUCCUGUAGCUUUGCACCAAAAUCCACCGUGUUCUCCACCUCCUGGUCCACGGUUCACCCGCAGCCGCCCGCGGCCAUGACCGGGAUCUACCACCCCUACAUGCACCAGCCCCACUUAGGGGCAGCCGACGCCGGCCGCUACGUGCGCUCCUGGAUCGAGCCCUUCCCGGGCUUCCCGGGCGGCGGCGGCGGCAGCGGCGGCGGCGGCGGCGGCUCCGCGUCCGGCUCGGGCUCGGGCUCCUCCGCCGGGCGCCACUACGGGAUAAAGCCGGAGACGGGAGCAGCCGCCUCCUCUUCUUCCUCCUCCUCCUCCUCCUCCUCCAAAAGGACUGAGUGCUCCUCGUCCCGAGAGUCCCAGGGGAUCGCCGUGCCCGAAUACACGUGCGGCACUUUCCUGCCGGAGCCCCGAGAGAAGGCGGCCGCCGGCAGCGCCAAGGAGCCCGCCGCCUGCAGCCACAGCCCCGGCCCCGGCGGAGAGCCGAAGGAGGAGAAGCAGCAGCAACUUGACCCAAAUAACCCCGCGGCAAACUGGAUCCACGCUCGUUCGACGAGGAAAAAGCGUUGCCCCUACACUAAGUAUCAAACUCUGGAACUGGAGAAGGAGUUUCUCUUUAACAUGUACCUCACCCGCGACCGCCGCUACGAAGUAGCUAGGAUUCUAAAUCUCACCGAGAGACAGGUCAAAAUCUGGUUUCAGAACAGACGGAUGAAAAUGAAAAAGAUGAACAAGGAGAAAGGCAAUAAAGGAGACUAACGCCGGGGUGGGAACGCGGCCGGGGAGCGCAGCUCUGGGGCUGAGGUUGGGGCUGUGGUUUUUUCUUUUUCUUUUAUUAUUAUUUGUAUUUUUAUUUUCGGUUCGCUCGGGUUUUAUGCUUCCCCUGCCCCCUCGGCCCCGCGUGCGUCUCUCCUCCCCCCCCCCCUCCCGCCCCCCGCGCCCCCGCCCCAGGAUCGUUAAAUCAAUCCGGUCUUUUUUAGGUAGAAGUGAAACGUGGUCUGUGUCAGGUAUUUGGGGAAAUGUUGUCUUGCUCGCCGACGUGUUUGCAGAGUCGCUUCCCCCCCCCCCCCUCUCCUCCCCCCCGGGCCGUUCGGUCGGUGGUGUUGUGAGUGCACGUUAGCUUCGGGGACUUUAGCUGAUGUUAAGUGUUCGACAUGUCUCUUACAAGUGAUGUAGUUAGGUAGUUCCUUUGCCAAAAUAAAGGUAAGGAAAGUAAUUAUAAUAACGAUAACAAACUAUAUAUUAAAUCACAGUGGCUUCGAUCGACGGCAGCGCUGCGUCGUCCGCGAUUCAUUGAGAGGAAAUCUCGCCCCAACCUCUGCUUUCUAGGUCUAAAUUUUUUGCAAUAGAUGCCACCGCGAGGCCACGGGAUGCCCCCUCCACCCCACCCCCUUAGUGCACUGUUAGGAGGUCGUCUCCGAUUCGAAGCCAUUUGCAAUAGGCCUCACGUUUCCCGAGCUCCGGCCCGGUAAAUGCUGUGCGCGCUCCCACGUCCCUAACUGCCGACCUGCUGUAUCUGUGUCCGUUCUAACACAAUAAAGGCUGUCGUGACCGAA